UGAACCCCAGACCACUGAAGCAGAGCGCGUGAACUUAACCACUACGCCACUGGGCUGGCCCCUGAGGAGAUUUUUCUAAUUACCUAUCUAAUUAAAGCACAUUAAGUUUGGUUAUUGCAAUUCAAGAAAGCAACGCACUUUCUUAUGAAAAAGACCACUGCACAGAAAGUGCUCUUUGUCCUAAGAUCAGGUCAAAGGAGAGAUUUUAAAACAUAUAAUAAUAAUGGCUUAUAUUUAUUUAAUAACAUAGGCAUAAAUAAUGUCAUUUAUUCCCCAGAGGACCCCUUUCAGGGAGAUUUUAUAUAUUGGGAAGCACACUCAUGAGCUUUCCACCAUCUUCUUCCCUACGGCUCCCCAUCUCAGUAACUGACUGUACUGUUCAUCCAGUUGCUUUUAAAGUUAGUAACCUAGUAAUCUUCCUGUGACAUCUGUCUCUCUUUCCCUCAUUCCCCCAUCUCCAAUUCUACACCAUAGGAAAUUUGGUUUAUCUCCUAAAAUUCUUGAGAAUCCAUUCACUUUUUCUCCAUUUCAUUUUCCACCAUUCUAGUCCCAGUGAACAGUUUCAUCAUCUCUUAUUUGCAGUAUCUUUUAGUCUCCCCUAGAUUGUCAAUUCUUGUCCCCGUCUCAAUUCAUUCUCCCACUCAUUAGCUAACAUGAACUCUUUUAAUGUUGACUCUGACCAUGUCACUCCUUGCUUAAAACUCUCUAGUGCCUUCCCAAUGCCCUUAGAAGAAAAUUACUCACAUGGCCUCUGUGGAUCUGUACCACUAGUCUCUCCUACCUCUCCAUCUAUUGCAACCAACUCUCUUCCCCUUUCCUAUUUCCUGCCACACUGGUCUUUCUGUGCUGCAAACUGGCCAAGCUUCUUCCAUGCUCGGCACAUUUGCACAAGCUCUUCCUUUGCUUUAGAAAUCCUCCCUGGCCUGCCAACUUCCCCAAGCUAAUGCCUUAUCCUUUAGUGUCAUUUUAAACAUCUCUUACCCAGGAAAACUUCCCCAUCCAAACAAGUGUAGAUUGGAUCUGCCUGUUAUUUGCUCUUACUACUCUAUAUUUCUCCUUCUUAGCAUUUACUACAAUUCUAAUUAUAUAGUUAUGUUCUUUUAAUUUUACUUUUUCUGUCAUUGGAAUAGGUAAUAUAUCCAUUUGGUACAAAAUUCAAAUUGUACACAAAGUAUAGAGUAAAAAGUCUCUUCCCUUUCCCUUCUCUCUGCUACCCAGUUCUCCUUACAAGUAAUCACUAUUAGCAUUUUGAAUAUCUCUCCAGAGAUAUUUUCUGAGUAUACAAUUAUGUACAUAAUAUUCCUCUUUAUUUUUGCCUUUUAUUAACACAGAUGCUAUAUACAUUUUUCUGCACUUUGUUUUUAUCUGUUAAUAAUAUAUCUUUGCAGUUCUUCCAUUUCAAUAUGUAAACAGUUGCUUCUUUUCAGAUAGCAUAGAGUAUGGGUUUACCAUAAUUUCUUUACCCUCCAUUAUUGGACAUUUAGGUUGUUUCCAGGCUUUGGUUAUUACAAACAAUGCUGCACUGAAUAACUUUGUAUAUAUAAAGUCAUUUCCCACAUUUAUAGCUAUAGAAUAAACUUCCUAGAAUUGAAAGUUAAAAAGUUAUGUGCAUUUUUAAUUUUGGUAGUUAUUGCCGAACUGCUCUCAAUGUAGGUUGUACCAAUUCACAUUCCCACUAGCCACAGAUGAAGAAUGCAUGUUUAGUCACAAUUAUGUCAGUGAAAAUUUUUGUUCUUUGCCAGUGUAAGAGGUGGAAAGUGCCUCUUGAAAACUUUAAUUUGCAUGUUUUUCUUCCUUUCAAAGUUAUUUUCAUAUGUUGAGCCAUUUGUAUUUCUUUAGUGAACUGUUUCUUCAUAAACUUUGCUUAUGUUAUUAUUUACUGUCUGACUUCCUCACUACACUUUAAGAUCCGUGCUCCGCGUGCAGGGAUCCUGUGUUUUGUUCAUCGCAUAGUUCCUGGUAGUGAAAUGAAUGAAGCUCAGAGAAAUGACUGGGUCAUGUCAUGCAGUAGUGAAGUCCAGAACUCAUGUUUGAUUCCAAAGCCCACACGUAUUUCCACGAUCACCCAGUGGAAAAAAUAAGCAUUUAAUUCACCACACCGCAGUCCAGAUAGGUAAUGUAAAGCGUCUGAAGCGUGCCGGGAAGUCAGGACUGGGGCAAAAAGGCAAACAACUGCCUACCUACGGUAGCAGCCGUUUUUAAAUCUAUUUUACUGGAAGGCAGGAAUGCAGGCCCAUUGUCGGAUCUUUAUUUACCCCGAGGCCAGAUUUCUGGCUUUAUUGUGAAAUCUCCUGAUUUUUGAAUAUUUCCAAUCAAAACAAGACUGCGCUCAAAUGUAGCCCACCGGCAGCGAGUUUGCAAACUCGAGUAAGCUGGAGUAGGAGGCUGCUUAGGGCAGUACCUUAUUUGGAUAGUGACAGCCACGAAACGAGGAGGUUUCUACCUAGGACGAUAAUGAGGUUCCCUGCCCUGGGGUUUGGGCUUGGGGGCUGGGGCUCCCGGAAGGACGACUGAAAUAAACACAAACAGGGGUCAGGGCAGCGCCAGGUCCUCCUGGUAUGGCUGGCCACUCCAGCAGCGGGGUCCCCGGUUUCUCCAGCGUCCACCCAAUGGCGUUGGGCGGCAGAGGUUGCCCGGGAUGAAGGGAAUGACUGACUGCGCAUUCCCUCACCGGUUCCUUUAGAGCCAAGCCGUAAGUCAGCGCCCAAUCCCUUCCCGGCUUCUUGAAGACACUGACCUCCCAGGCAAAGCCUCCGCUCGGCGAUCUACUUCUCUCCCUCCUCAGGCGCUGCCCGCAACCCCAUCCUAUGACUUCCGUUUGCUUGGUCGUCUGGGAAACCUCCGACUUCCGGCCGCGCAUCGGUGGGCGGAGCCAAGAUGGCUGAGGAGACGCUGGCGUCGAGAACUCAGUUUUCUGCAUCUGCUGAAUCUCAGAAACCCCAGUUGAAAAAAGCUCCAGAGUUUCCUAUUUUGGAGAAGCAGAACUGGUUGAUACAUCUCCACUAUAUCCGGAAGGAUUAUGAAGCAUGCAAGGCUGUUAUUAAAGAACAGCUUCAGGAGACUCAAGGGUUAUGUGAAUAUGCUAUCUAUGUCCAAGCAUUGAUAUUUCGCCUGGAAGGAAAUAUCCAAGAAUCUCUAGAACUCUUUCAGACGUGUGCUGUUCUCAGCCCUCAGUGUGCUGAUAACCUCAAGCAGGUGGCCAGGUCUUUGUUUCUUUUGGGAAAACAUAAAGCUGCCAUUGAAGUAUACAGUGAAGCAGCUAAACUUAACCAGAAAGAUUGGGAGAUCUGUCAUAACCUGGGAGUUUGCUACAUUUAUCUGAAACAGUUCAACAAGGCACAAGACCAGUUGCACAACGCCCUACAUCUUAACAGGCAUGAUCUGACUUACAUAAUGCUGGGGAAGAUCCACUUGCUGGAGGGAGACUUGGACAAGGCCAUUGAAAUCUACAAGAAAGCAGUGGAGUUCUCACCAGAAAAUACAGAACUUCUUACAACUUUAGGGUUACUCUACUUACAGCUUGGCAUUUACCAGAAGGCAUUUGAACAUCUUGGAAAUGCACUGACUUAUGACCCUACCAACUACAAGGCCAUCUUGGCAGCGGGCAGCAUGAUGCAGACCCAUGGGGACUUUGAUGUUGCCCUCACUAAAUACAGAGUUGUAGCUUGUGCUGUUCCAGAAAGUCCUCCACUUUGGAAUAACAUUGGAAUGUGCUUCUUUGGCAAGAAGAAAUAUGUGGCAGCUAUCAGCUGCCUGAAACGAGCCAACUACUUGGCACCCUUUGAUUGGAAGAUUCUGUAUAAUCUGGGCCUUGUCCACUUAACCAUGCAGCAGUAUGCAUCAGCUUUUCAUUUUCUCAGUGCAGCCAUCAACUUCCAGCCAAAGAUGGGGGAGCUCUACAUGCUCUUGGCCGUGGCUCUGACCAAUCUGGAAGAUAUAGAGAAUGCCAAGAGAGCCUACGCAGAAGCAGUCCGCCUGGAUAAGUGUAACCCUCUAGUAAACCUGAACUAUGCUGUACUGCUGUACAACCAGGGCGAGAAGAGGGCCGCCCUUACCCAGUAUCAGGAGAUGGAGAAGAAAGUCAACCUACUCAAAGACAGUAGCUCUCUGGAAUUUGACUCUGAGAUGGUGGAGAUGGCCCAGAAGUUGGGAGCUGCUCUUCAGGUUGGGGAGGCACUGGUCUGGACUAAACCAGUUAAAGAUCCCAAAUCAAAGCACCGGAGCUCUUCAGGCAGCAAAGCUGCCAGUGUCCCGCAGCCUCUGGGCUCUAAUCAAGCUCUUGGACAGGCAAUGUCUUCAGCAGCCGCAUACAGGAAGCUCCCCUCAGGUGCUGGAGGAACAUCCCAGCUCACAAAGCCACCAUCUCUUCCUUUGGAGCCAGAGCCCACUGAGGAAGCACAUCCAACUGAAGCAUCAGCACAAAUAAGAGAAAAAUAGGACUAAGAUGACCCCAGAGUAGGGGUGUCUUUGGCAAGGAUGUACCAGGCCAGGAAAGGUCACAUGACACAGGCAGAGUGGAGGCCAGCAUGUUCCCUGGGCACCUCGGAAUUAAAACGCAGAACACAGGGUAUGUCAUGAUGAUCACAUGGAGCCUGAGGCCUGUGCAGUCCCCUGCUGGCCCCAUCAGCCAGGAAGUAGAGAGAAGACAGCCCAGACAGGUCCUUUAAGAACUGAAAGCAAGGCUCAUGGCUCUAUAUAUGUAGUUCCAAGGGCCAGCAGGGCACGUGACUCUGUUUGCUUUUGAAAGGACUUUUAUCUCCUGGCUGACUGACCCCUUCCUUUGUGGAAGGAAAGUCUGAGACAGACCUCUGCUUAGUAGCCCUGUCAUGAUGAAGCCUUGGCUUAGCUGAGGUGAUCCUCAGGCUGUGGGGUAUAUCUGCCCUCAAGGCAAACACAAGUCUUGGGUGAAUAAUCCAGCUCUAAUAGUCUACAUUUAAAGGGAAAAAAAAGAUGAAAGAAAAGCUCUGUAAAUUGAGGCCCAGCCUGUUGAGUAUCCCAGCUGCACUUGCCCAAGGGGAUCCAGAACACGUCCCUCUAUCUUCUCCUUUAGAGAGAUUGGAGUGUAGAGCCAGAUCAUGUUUGUAUGAUAAGGAGUAGGAGCAAAGGGCUGGUCUGGUAUCAGCGCCAAGGCAAAAAAAAAAAAGGAAGAGCUUCUUAACUGAGGAAUUUUUAUUUAAGACAAUCAAGGAUACCACUGACCAGUUGUUAUCAAUACAUUAUAUAUAUGUCCUUUUUAGAAUAAAGAUUAUGUAUCAUCAUCCCUUUGGGGAAAGUUCUUAUUCAGAUAUGAAAAUAAGAGAUCGCAAUAAAAACUUUUAAAAAGAA